CCACGGUCGCUCAUUCGUUCUUAAUGGUUCUUCGAGGUCCCCGUUUCCUUUCAACGCUCAUGGUGAAAAGCCGAUCUCCGCCACUAUGAAUUUUCUUUUUUCCCUUUUUUUUUUUUCGCCAUCCUGAGGAGUCAUCGCCCCCAGCAAACCGUAGAAACUUAACUCUACCUGCUGCCACCUGCUCUUAUACAUUCCAUGCUUUGCCAGACUUUCCAUACUUCUUCUCUCCGAGUCACUACUACCCACGACCACCCAUCUCCCUCUCUCCCUCUCCCUCUUCUUCUUCCCCCCACCGCACUACUUCCACGAGCCGAAUCCAAUCGGCGGAAACUAUUAGUCUUCUAAAUUACCUUGGUCCACUCGACUGCGACGACCACCCCAACUGGGCGUGUGCAACGCCGGGUCGCCCUUUUCCGUGACUAACAGCUUUGCCAUUUUUUUCCUUUUUUUCCCCGCCGCCCCCCAUUUACUUCGACAAACUAUAGCCCUAAACCGCCUCAAUCCUCUCUGUCCUGCCCCUAUCUCGUCUUUGUCGCUUGACCGGAAACUCUUUUUCGCUCGAAAUCCGGGGAAGCUGUUACUCGUCUAAUUUUCACACCCUUUUUUUUCAUCCUUUUUUUUAUUCCGUGUUCCCACUUCGACUCUGAAGGUACCUCCCGACCAGUCCGCGCGCACUACUGGAGCCUCUUUUAUAGAGGGCCCGCUCACUUUCUCUUUCACCAUGGCCUCUCUUUCAACUCUUUCGGCCACUCCUCCACCCAUCAAGCCGAUCAAUCCUCGACUUUCGACCUCCGCCUGCGUUGACCAACACUCGCGUGACUCGUCUCCCUCAUCCUGCUGCGACACCCCCGACGGAUCUCGCUCGAGCAGCAGCCGGCGCCCGUCUUUCGGCUCCAUCAAAGAAGACGUCGACGGCAUUGCGCAAUCGUUCGUGGACACUCACCACGUUCCAUCACCCAAGGAGUCCCCAAAGCCGCAGGUUUCGGAGAUGCAACAGACUCCGGAUUUCUGCUGCCCGUGCGGUGGAUUUCUGGGGUGGAAGCAAAUUCGUUUGGGUGGAAAGAGCCUGAGUCGCAGCUAUGGCGAUCUUCGCAACCUGGGGAGUAUGCAGGCCAAGGGUUGGGCAUGGGAGACUACCCAAUCGGGACGGGAGCUGGUGCCACCCAAGGUGCCGGUCGUAGUCGAACGGGCAUCGCCGCCGCCGGGCACUUCCUCGCUGGAGAAGCUCGCGCCAGAAGUCCUGGAUCAAAUCAUCUCCUACCUUGCCAUUGAUCUGCCGCCCAAUGGCUACACCCCGCGCAAUGUGGACCUCGUGUCGUGCCUUCUGACCUCUCGCACGUUGCACGCAGCGACCCUGAGCGUGUUGUACCGGAACAUGACCUUCCCGCACUCGAUUAUCUUCUCCAAAGCCCUCAAUCAUAUGUCGUCCUAUCCUGCUCUGGGAACAUUGGUGCGCCGUUUGGACUUCUCCCACUUUACCUCAGUCGGUCUGGGUCGCACCAAGCAGAUGAACGCCGAGAUUCAGAACUUAACUUCGCGCACGUUGCUCAAGUGCCUGGAUCUGCUACCCAACCUGAAGGAAUGCUUGCUGCAGGAACACCUCGAGGGUGAUUUGAGUGUGGAUGUGGUGCGGAAGCUUUUCAUGGGUCUUCCCAAUCUCCGUGCGGUGGACUUCUGCGGCUGCUCCACUCAGUCUUUCUCCCAGGUUUUCACAGAGGCCCUGACGGCGGGACCUGCGUUGGCUAUGAGUUUGCCGAACUUGAAGCGGCUGUCGCUUCACGAGUGCAGCACUAUUCAGGCCCCGAUUUUCGACCUCCUACUCUCCCGGCUGACCAACCUGACGCACCUGGAUCUCACCCACACCCAAGUAAACGACUCGGCUCUUUUGGCAAUUCCCGAAACGGCUCGCAUCACCCACCUGAGUCUGUCACGGUGCAUCCGCCUGCGCAGCUCCGCUUUGGUGGAGUUCCUUACCACGCACCCCGCCGUCUGCGAGUCCUUGGUGUACUUGAACCUCUUGACCGACCCUACCCGUUUCCGCCUCCUGGAAGAGGACGAUGUUACCGCACUGCUACCCAAGCUUCCCGAUACCCUGCGCUCUUUGAAUCUAGGCGGUGCCAAGAUCACAUCUGAGCAUGUUCCGCUGCUGAUCCCUCUGACCAAACACCUGGAGGAGCUGGGCCUGAGCUCGGCCGACCUGUCAGUCAAGGAUGUGAACUCGCUCUUUACCCGACCCCGUGAGAACGGUGCGGAGCCAAAUGCGGCUCCCAGCACUCUGUGCUACCUCGACCUUGCCAAGGUGCCACAGAUGACCAUUGGCGCGAUCUUUAACACGAGCACAUGCCUGCUGCUGUCGGACCACAGCUAUCCAUUGCAGGUGGUCGAGUUCAGCGAUAAGAUUAUCACGCCCUUGCGUGAGCGUGCCAAGACCCAGCGCGCCUCGGUAGGCUGGACUGUCCGUGACCUUGGCCGCCGAGGCUGGUACGUCCGGGAUCCUGCAUCCAUGCCCAACGAGCCUAUCGAUGACGGCUCACGCUCCUGGAAACUGGGCGCUCGUUGGUGGGGCAUGCGUAAGAUCCCUAUGGCCGUGGGCGAUGUCGGUGGCAUCUACGGCCACUACAUGUUCAAGAAAUGAUUGUGGCUCGGAGUUGCUGCUUCAUCUCUUUUUCUUUUCGAUGCGUUGCUCGGACAAAAGCAUACUGGCUCCUCCUUUAUCUUUUUGUUCUUGCUGGUCUCAAUACCCUUGUUGAUUUUUGCUUCCAUUUGUUCUUUUCGGGAUUGUCUUUUUGUAUCCUCAUUUCACACUUAGCUUUUUGGGUGGGAUUUUUUUGUGUUUUUCUUGACGAUUACGAAUGACGAUAUCCGGUCUAUGCAUGGCGGCGCGCAAUAUGGCUUACGAAUUUCGGCAUUCUGGCUCCUGGCUUCGGGUUCGUGCUCUCGAUCUGCGUCUGUUCUCUGGUUUUGCAUAGCAUUCAGGAUCUCUUCAGCGCUUCAUUUUGCUUCUCGUACUUGCUCAUGUUUCCACGGCGCAUGUGAUUAUCAUCUGGCGUACCCGCAUCACUCUACUCAUACAAUGUUCAUAUCUUUCUCAAAAUAGUUCAUUCAGUCUUUAGUUG